CACUUCGAUUCUUUGCUCUCUCUUCUAAUGGGGGAAAUUAGAAACAAAGAAAAGUUCGGCUUUUGGAACGGAGGGGAGGAGACCAGUUGAAGCUUCAUUUUGAAUUCGUGGAAGCCCUCGCCAAUUGAUCAAUUCCUCGAAACAAUUUUGUGAUCAUCCUUCAGUGAAUAUGAAAGGGCAAGGCAGCUAUAUUCCACCUCCAUAUAUUCCUCUACAUCAGUAGGAUACUGAAGUUGACAGUAACCCUGUGAAUGCAAGUUCCUCUUCUCACCUAUCUGUAACACAGGACAUGACAUAAUGGUCUUCUGGAAUCUGUGCUUGCUUCGAUGAUUUGCAGAGCUGUAUGCUACUUUCUGCCAUCUGACUUAAUUUUCAGAAGAAAAAUAAUUCAAGGAGUAAGGCUUGUCUACAACACUUCACGAAAACAAUUUCUGGAAGGUUGUAUUGGUGUUGUAUGUCCAUGCUUCCUGUUUGGGGAAAAUGCAGAAUUCCUGGGAUCUGGAACACUGGCAGGGUCAUGCAUGACCCAUUUUAUUUUGUGGGGUCUUGUCAAUAGUCUCUGCUGUCUGUUCACCAGAGGUCUACUUGCUGGAGUACCAGGAUCAAUGGUUGCUUGUUAUGCAUGUGGAUACCGCAAGUCACUACAGACAAAGUAUAAUCUGCAGGAAGCACUGUGUGGUGACUUGGCCACAUAUUUGUUCUGCCACUUGUGUGCCAUUUGUCAAGAGUGCAGAGAGAUUUAUGAGAGAUCCAAUGGCUUCAGUCCUACUCUGGCAUUCUCUGAGGUUGCCUCUCCCCCAAUCCAGACAAUGGACUUAGCUCCACAUGAAUAAUGGAAGUUGAAGAACGUUUAUAUUGCUUGCUCACACUGCUCCUUGCGCUUCCUUGAGAAUGGCUUGUAGCUUUGGAAAAACUAAAGCUGUUGAAACAUCGAGGACAAGGAUAUUGCAAUUCUUCCAACUUCAGGUCGUGCAAGAGGCUUUGUAGUUUUGCCAUAUUGAAACGAGGAGUAAAAUAUCUUUUAGAUUUUUACAUCUGCUUAAUUGAUUGUACUACAAUGUUCAUGUAUGCUUGUGGAGUAAAAUAUUUCUGCUUCAGCUGAGGUUCAGAUUUAAACUGCACUUAGUGUUGAUCAUGUGACAUAGCAAAUGGCUGGCAUUUGAAGUCAUGUUGUGAGGCCACCACAUGCUCAGGUACCUUAUUGUAUCGGUUUUAUUGUACUAUUCAUCUAUUUACUAAACAUUAAUGAUAUAGCGUUGCCAUGGCCAAGUAAUUCAAACUUAA